CAGGAAUUCAAAGAUUGGGGAGGGUUAACCUUCGAAGAAGGAAGCUGUGAUGGAGGAGGGAGGGGUAGCCUACUGUUAAACGUCAAAGACAGCACAAAGUCUUUUGCCACGUAAUUACGAGAGCCUUUCAGCUCCAUCUUCUCUCCCAGGGGUCUCAAUUUUUCAUUUACAAUCCACUCCACUGCAUGCCAAUGAGCGCCGUUUGAAGUGCCAGAACGUGUGGGUGUGAGUGAGUAGAGCACGGCGUGGAGCAGAGGAGAGCGCCAACAGCUUCGGGAAGGCGGUGGAGUGUCCUGCCUCCUCUCGACGCUUUACACACAUGCAUCUGAAAGGCAUCAGCAUUUCUGGAUCGGCGCUCAGUCAACAACUCCGUGGAGCUCCGGGAGCUUUUUUUCUUAUUGAACCAACAGUACUUUGCAGAAAGAGAUUACAUGGCUAUGAGUGAACGGAUUCAACAGAAAUCGUGGUCUUCAUAUUAAGUUCCACAAAGUUUUAGACCAGGUUGUAAUUUUUGUUCCACCUGGAUCUGUGGGAACAACUUUCCUAUAGGUAGCUAGCUAUCAUAGUGAGCAAAGGUAACUAAGACAUCGGUUUGGAGGCGCUGUUUCUUAUGAGUUUGUCUUCAAAUAUAUGCGAGGAGGACCUGUUUGCUUAACCUAAUACACUUGCCCAGUUUUUUUCUCUUGCAUCGUAUUUGCGUCAUGACUUCUAGCUAUGCACAUGUAAUGGACAGACAAGCAACCAUAUCCAGCAGACUGGAGAGUCCCAUUACAGCCAACCUGGAAAACCUGCAAGCCAAAAAGAACUUCUCGGUGAGCCACCUGUUGGAUCUAGAGGAGGCUAGAGAAAUGGUCGGUUCUCAGGCGGAUGAAAGUAUUGGCGAAACGGGCAGGACUAUGCUGGAGUCUCCGGGUUUAACCAGCGGCAGUGAUACAACACAGCAGGAGAAUGAGCAGCUAAACUCAGAAGAAAAGAAGAAGCGGAAACAACGGAGGAAUAGAACCACAUUCAACAGCAGCCAGCUGCAGGCGUUGGAGCGAGUGUUUGAACGGACACACUACCCAGAUGCCUUUGUUAGAGAGGACCUGGCACGCAGGGUCAAUCUCACUGAAGCUAGAGUUCAGGUGUGGUUCCAAAAUAGACGGGCAAAGUUUCGACGUAACGAGCGGGCGAUGCUGGCCAGUAAGAACGCUUCACUUCUCAAAUCCUACUCGGGAGACGUAACGGCAGUGGAGCAGCCUAUUGUCCCCCGUCCUGCACCCCGUCCAAAUGACUACCUGUCCUGGGGGAGCGCAGCCCCGUACAGCUGGUACCCAAGGCCGGAGGGAGGGCCAAUGCGAGUGCCACAGAAAAUGCUGCCCACAGAAUGCAACACCAUGGCAACCUACCCACCCACUUGUGCCAACACCACUUCCACCCAGGGAAUGAACAUGGCCAACAGCAUUGCUAAUCUGAGACUGAAGGCCAAAGAGUACAGCCUCAACCAAGUGCCCACUGUCAACUAAGUCUGAAAAGAGGGACGGGAUGAGGGGACAAAGAGAAGCAAGAGACGUUGAGAAGAGAAGAAUUCAGAAGAGCUGGAUGAGUUUGGCCUCCUGCAGUGUCAGAGCAGAAUGGAUAUUAUGACUUUUCACCCCCUCCUAAACCAAUGGAAUUGCAUUGAUGUCCCUCUCAUUUGGCUUUUUGUUUCUGAGAAACUCAAUCUCAUUUUGUACUGAUCCGAAGAUUGUAAAGACAACGCAAGGUCUGCUCUUUGGAGGACAAGUCAACGAGCAGGGCUCCGCUAAAUCAGUAAGAAGUGGCAGACGGAGCGUCUGGAUGCUGUAAGCUGUUCUUUCCUUGUUUGUUUUUGGCUGUAUUUUGGGUCGUCCGGAUGGAAAGUAAAGAAACUUUCAUGGCAAACAAUGGAGGACUGUUGUUCACCAUUCAAAAUAGUGACCCAAAAUGUCUCCAGGCCUACAUCCAGUAGAAUAAAGACACAUUUGUGGAGAUUAAUCGGUAGACAUGAGAUGUUUAAAACCAUCAAUGCUAAUGGAAGCACUGGGGCUGGAUUACAUCUUUUAAUGUCUUGAAUAUUACACCACUGUUAAAGGUAAAUACUGUUCCCCAUGGUGACCUAUGUAUCUGCUCACAGUACACUAACAAAAUUAUGUUUCAGUUUUUCUUGAGGUGAUUUUUUUUUUUUUUUUUUGCCAAUCAUAUUUUUCUUCUUAUAUUUGGAAACUAUAUAGUAAUAAAAAAUUUCAAGCAAUAAAUCUUAUACUAUUGUGUUGAAUUCUGCAGUUGAAGAGACAUGCACUCUUUUGCUGUUUUUGCUAAAUGCUCACAUUUGAGAAACUGUUGCAGGCAACAGUAUUACUACAUGACCUUAAAAAUAUAUCCGCAUGUAACAUUUCUUGCUUUAUGUUAGUCAAAACACCGACACUACAAAAUAAAAAAUCCAAAAUGAA